CUAAAAACGUCACUUUAAGGCGUCUGUUCCACUGUAGGUAUUCAAUUUUAGAAGUGUGAAGAAAUUAGGAAAUGAAAUCUGCAUCUUAAAAUUAUGUUAAUUGUUACUUUACUUUAUCUAUAAUAUUAACUUGCAUAUAAAAGCUACAAAUUUCCCAUCAUCAAAGUGUUAUUUGUAAAUUGUAUCGACGCCUAACGCCGGCGAGCUAAUCUUGGCGAGCCUCUAAAUUGUUUCCACGAUGGAUAUAAAAUCUUUCCUAUUUUCCUGGGCUUCUAAGAAAGGAUUAACACCACUUUUUGACAUAAGAGGAACUGGACCUAAACAUCGUCAGAGAUUUCUGUGUGAAGUCCGUGUUGAGGGAUAUUCCUAUGUUGGUGCUGGUAAUUCGGUUACUAAAAAAGAAGCCCAAAAGAACGCAUCAAGAGACUUUGUGAGCUUUCUGGUGAGGUCAAAUGAAUUGGCUGCUUCAGAGGUGCCUGAUGAUAUACAGGUUAAACAAGAUGAUACAGCUUCUGUGGCUGGUGAUGCUGCAGAAGGAAAUCAAACAGCUAAACCAGUGUUUCAGGGGGGAAUGGGUCCGGAAAGUAUGGGUCAAGCAUAUCAAGCUUAUGGAGGCAACUCACAGAAUUUUACAUACAUUGAUCGGAUGCAACAACAAAAGAACGUUGAAGAGGCAGAGGAUUUGGAUGUGAACGCAAGCCUCCAUGGUAAUUGGACAAUGGAGAAUGCAAAAUCGAAACUGCAUCAGUUUAUGCAAGUUAAUAAAAUUAAUGCCGACUAUGUUUAUAAAGCAGUAGGACCAGAUCACACAAGGAGCUUUUGCUGCGAAAUGACGAUAUUUGUGCGUCAAUUAGGACGCAACGUGACCGGGCGUGAGACCGCAUCGAACAAGCAGACCGCGAGCAAAUCUUGCGCGCUGUCGCUAGUGAGGCAGCUGUACCAUCUCGGUGUGAUUGAGGCCUUCAGCGGUUCCCUCAAGAAGGACAGAUCAACCGAAGGAGUAAUGAAACCUUACGCGGUGGCUAUUGACCCCGAACUGGAGCACCAGAUCGACCUAACUUUAAAAGAGUUGGAAAUAGAGCCUGUUAAUGUUGACGUCCAGCAUGACAAAACUGAUGGUAUUACUAUAAUGCAAAUGGACAGAAUGAAAGCUAUGAUCGAUGCCAAGUCCACACCAUCUGGAGUGGUAUCCUGGUCUCCUCCGCAGGCUAAUUGGAAUGCUUGGACUGGCUGUAAUAUUGAUGAGGGGCCCCUAGCUUCCACGAGCUUAGACGAGAUCAGCACGGACUUGGAGAAGCACCAUCGCGACAUGUGUCAGAACAGUACACUUUACCAAGAGAGUAUGCGGGAAAGGGAGCAGCUUCCAGUGCACGCAAUGCGCUCUCAGAUCAUGGAAGCCAUCAACGACAACCCCGUUAUCAUCAUACGAGGAAAUACAGGCUGCGGUAAGACUACGCAGGUGUGUCAGUUCAUCUUGGACGACUACAUAGCGAGCGGGCAAGGUGCUUGGGCCAACGUGUGCGUGACGCAGCCCCGGAGGAUAUCGGCCAUCAGCGUGGCGGAGCGCGUGGCAUCCGAGAGGUGCGAGGAACUUGGAAACAGUGUGGGUUACUCGGUGAGGUUCGAGUCAGUGCUGCCGCGACCGUACGGUUCGAUAUUGUUCUGUACGGUCGGAGUGCUGCUGAGGAAACUGGAAGGAGGAUUGCGGGGUGUAAGCCACGUUCUGGUAGACGAGGUGCACGAGAGAGAUGCUGACACGGACUUCGCGCUGAUCCUACUAAGAGACAUGGCGCACACAUACCCCGACCUGAGGAUCAUUCUGAUGUCCGCCACCGUCGAUACCACGCUCUUCUCGCAGUACUUCGGCAACUGUCCUGUUAUCGAAGUCCCAGGACGAACAUACCCCGUGCAGCAAUAUUUCCUUGAAGAUUGUGUUGAGCUGACGCAUUUCGUGCCUCCACCAGAUACGAGAAAACGUAAACACACCGGCAGGAAGGCAAGCAAGAACGAAGAUGAUGAUGAUGAUGAUGAAGGUCUUGGUGAAGACGAGGAAGAAGACUUGAACAAGAACUGCAACCUCGGGCAGGAAUACUCGCAGGGGACUAUCGACACUAUGGCCAAGCUGUCUGAGAAAGAUCUAAGCUUCGAGCUGAUUGAAGCAAUACUAAUGUACAUCCAUAACCUCAAAGAAGAGGGGGCAAUCCUUGUGUUCCUACCUGGUUGGAACCUCAUCUUUGCCCUGAUGAAGCACCUCAACCAGCAUCCGGAGUUUGGCAACAGCGGCAAGUACGUGAUUCUGCCGCUGCACAGUCAAAUACCGAGGGAGGACCAGAAGAAAGUUUUUAUUACCCCACAACCUGGUCUCACGAAGGUGAUCCUAUCAACGAACAUCGCGGAGACAUCCAUCACCAUCAACGACGUGGUGUACGUGAUCGACUCGUGCAAAGCCAAAGUCAAGUUAUUCACGUCGCACAACAACAUGACCUCGUACGCCACCGUGUGGGCUAGCAGGACCAACUUGGAGCAGCGCAAGGGUCGUGCGGGCAGAGUGCGGCCGGGCGUGUGCUUCACUCUGUGCUCCCGCACUCGCUUCGACCGUCUGGACGAGCACCAGACCGCCGAGAUGUUCCGCACGCCACUGCACGAACUGGCACUGAGUAUUAAACUUCUUCGCCUGGGCAACAUAGGCCACUUCCUUUCCAAAGCGCCCGAGCCUCCACCGCUCGACGCUGUGAUUGAGGCUGAGGCUCUGCUCAGGGAACUUGGCUGUUUAGACAAUAAAGACGCACUUACCCCACUCGGCACUAUUCUAGCCAAGUUACCCAUUGAACCUCGCCUGGGCAAGAUGAUGGUGCUGGGCUUCGUGUUGGGCGUGGGUGACGCUCUCACCACGAUGGCUGCCAACUCCACCACCUUCCCGGAGAUAUUCGUCGUGGAAGGACGGAGACGCGUUGCGCCGCACCAGCGAGCUCUGGCCGGCGACAGGGCCUCGGACCACGUGGCUAUGUUGAACGCAUUUCAGUUAUGGGAGAGAGAGAAGAACAAAGGAGAAGAGGCUGAGAUCCAGUGGUGCGACUGGAAGGGAGUGCAGCAGACCACACUUAGGGUCACCUGUGAGGCCAAAAAUCAACUCAUUAAUAUUCUGACCACCUCAGUGGGAUUCCCUGAGGCUUGUUGCAUACCCCAACGCUGGAACCCUAAUGUACAAGACCCGGAGUUGGAUGUAGUAAUAGCAUUACUCUGCAUGGGACUGUACCCAAAUGUGUGUGUGCAUCAGGGAAAGAGAAAGGUGUUGACGACGGAAGGCAAGCCCGCGCUGAUCCACAAGACGUCGGUGAACUGCAGCAACAUGGAGCAGCGGUUCCCGUCACCGCUGUUCGUGUUCGGAGAGAAGGUGCGCACGCGCGCCAUCAGCUGCAAGCAGACCACCAUGGUGGCUCCACUGCAUCUGCUGCUGUUCGGCUGCAGGAAGAUCGAGUGGGUCGACAACGUGGUACGUCUCGACAAUUGGCUCAACUUCGACAUGUCGCCACGAAGCGCCAGCCUGGUUGCGGCGCUCCGGCCCGCCAUUGAGCAGAUCGUUGAGCGAGCCGCGGCCAAUCCGGACGCAGCAUUAGACUUGACGCCAGUCGAGCAGAGGGUGGUUAAAUGUGUGAAAGCAUUGUGUGAAUUCGAUGCGGGCGACUAUAAUAUAAGACGCGCUGCGUCUAUGUCAGCGUUUAAAGCCGACCGAGGGGGCCCCUCCGGCCCUAAGAGUCUCAGAGGAUGGAGCACUAACGGCCCUCGUGCUGGCUUCAGCAACCAAGGAAACUUUGGUGGCGGCAUGGGCAGUCAAAACAUGGAUGGAGGCUUUGGUAAUCGCGGCGGCGGCUUUGGCAGUCGAGGUGGUGGAUUUGGCAAUCGUGGGGGUGGCUUUGGCAACCGUGGUGGCGGUUUUGGAAACCGGGAUGGUGGGUUCGGCAACCGGGGUGGCGGCUUCGGCAACCAGGGUGGCGGCUUCGGCAACCAGGGUGGUGGCUUCGGCAACCAGGGUCGUGGCUUCGGCAAUCAGCGCGGCGGCUUCGGUUAUCAAGGCGGUUCCUUUGGCAACCAGGAUAAUGGCUAUAAUGCGCAAGGUGGAGGAUAUGGAAAUCAAAGUGAUAGCUUUGGAGAUCGAAAUGGUGGGUUUGGAGACCAGGGGGGAGGCUUUGGUGAUUCCGAUAACCAAGGAUUUCGUGGUGGUUUCGGUGCCCAACGUGGUCGUCCCGGUGCCACGCGUGGUUCUACCUGGGGAAAAUUUGGAGGCUCCCAAAACUCACGUAGUUGGGGAGGUGGUUGGGGAGAUUAUGAUUAAUUCAUUCCAGUAGUAUUUGACCCUAUUUGUAAUAAAUUUGAGUGACUAGUUUAUAUAGUAAUUAUAAGUUAAUAAAUACAAAUUUCCUGAAAAA